AUGGCGAGCGGAGAGUUGGCGCUCAACAUCGCAUUCUAUGCGUAUCCUUGCCUCCUGUUUGUGGCACUGCUAGGAGCCCAAUUCAUUCAAUACUUUCGCAAUCGAAACCGCGAAACGCGUCACGUCGCGCUUCGAGACGAGGUCACCAAGCAUGACAUCGAAGGCCUGAAGCGAUCACACGCCCGUGUCAUCUGGCUUCUUCAACUGAUUCUUGGCUUACUGCUUCUAUCGAGCAUUAUCCUUGCCGUGCGAGAGGCGGUCGCAACCCGACAAAAUUUUCAAGGCAGGAUUGACUUCGGCUUCAGCGCGUAUUUGGCUUCCCAUGUUGGAGUCUUACUUUACUUCUUGUCCGGUCUUUUGCCUGAUCCGGAGGGGCCUUGGUCUCCCGGCAGUCCACAUAGGCUUGCAUGGGUAGUGGGCGCUUUGUCAGAGGCUGUAAUCACCGCUACCCUCGCCGCCGGCCAAGACACACUGCGAGUAUCCAGAGGCUUCGUUAACGGUAUCGAGGGUCUCAGCUUGACUAGGAUUGCGAUUAUUGUACUCAUGACUGCAACUCUGUGUCUCAGGGACUACAGAAUUGGUCCCUUGCAUCUGGAGUCGACGACCGCCGAUGAGCAGCGGUCUCUCCUAGCAAAUGGCAAUGACAAUGGCUACGCCAGUGUCCCAAACAUGCCGUCAAGGUAUUCCCGAUGGUCUUUGACAUUUUCGUUGCCGGCGUCAUCUUUUUUUAUCAAGUACGACGCCUUUUACACCAUUAUCGUCUUCUUCAUCAUGUGGUCCUACAUCUUCUUGACCAUCUACGUGGCCAAGUACCGCGGCCGGCAGAGACGCGACAUGACGAUAAAGACGCGUGAGAUGGAAGCUGUCAAGACGGAUGCCAUCCUUGCGUACGAGACGGUGCAGCACAAUUGUGCAGUGUCUCGGGAGACGCAAAGAUUCCGAGAACAUGUUGCCAUCUUCCAGCGAGCAGAGCGCUUGGUUCAGUGGUCUCUCAAUGGGCUGAAUCUCACACAAAGCUCAAUUUUCACACUGGGGACGGCUCUUCUCGUCGGCGUCUCUGCGUACAAAAUUUGCAUCGGCGAGCAGUCUGUUGGCGACUUUGUCAGCCUCAUCAAUUACUUUGUCCAACUUCAGGGUCCUCUCAACUUCUUUGGAACCUACUACAACAUGCUGCAGAAUAACCUCAUCGAAGCUGAGAGGCUGCUCGACUUGUUUCAGGAAACGCCAGGCGUCGUCGAGAAGAGGGAUGCCGUCACGCUGCCUCAGCCUCGCGGUGCAAUUUCCUUUAAUGAAGUAGGUUUUUCGUACCAAAGUAAGAAAGGUGAGCCUGUAUUGCAAGGCAUCAGCUUUACUGUAGCUCCAGGAACCAAAACCGCUAUUGUGGGAGAAUCUGGUAGCGGCAAAUCAACCUGCCUGCGGCUUCUCUAUCGCUUCUAUGACGUAUCGAGUGGCUCCAUCACCGUUGAUGGGCACGACAUCAAGGACCUCAAGCUUGACAGCCUUCGCUGGAAUAUCGGCGUUGUUCCACAAGACACUGUUUUGUUCAAUGCUAGCAUAAUGUAUAAUCUCCUCUAUGCCAAGUCUGAAGCCACAGAGGCCGAUGUGUACACGGCGUGCAAAGCGGCCAACAUCCACGACCGGAUUCUCGACUUCCCUGAUGGAUACGACUCCAAGGUUGGAGAACGCGGGCUGAAACUCUCCGGGGGAGAACGCCAGCGCGUUGCCAUUGCGAGAGCUAUACUUAAGGACGCCCGGAUUUUGCUGUUGGAUGAGGCUACAGCUUCCCUUGACUCACAUACCGAGAGACAGAUUCAAGAUGCUCUGGAACAAGUCACAUCCGGUCGAACAACCAUCACAAUCGCACACCGUCUGUCUACCAUCACGACAUCAGAGCAGAUCAUUGUGCUUCAUCAAGGGAAAAUCGCCGAACGCGGCACUCACAACGACUUACUUGCGUUGAGGGGAAAGUAUUGUGCCAUGUGGGAGAAGCAGACUAUAAGCGAAAAGGUGGAGAAAGAAAAAAGUGUUCUCGAAAGGUCAUGAACGGAGUUGGAUCAGACAAAGUGUGAAACUGAGACAGAACUAUAGCAAAGAAAGACUUGCUAGGCGGCCUCUUUGCAAUUCAAGCUUUGACACAUUG